UUGGGAAAUAAGCAAACCGGUAGAGUACUCAUAGAUACAGGUAGUGAGUGUUGUUAAUUCGCAGAAAAACUUGAUUUACCGAUAAAAAUGAGCGCUGCUACUAUUUACGGACUAGGAGACGAGGGCUGCGCGCAGAUGAUGUGCAAAAGGUGCAAGCACGUCUUUUGUUGGACGACUUCCUUCUGCGGCACUACGACCGCGGCCCGUGCAAAAACAAGCUCGGUCACUCCCGCGCCUCCGUUCUGUGGCAUCGCACGCAAGUGGUCGGCAUCUUCGCCAGCUUCGGCAUCCUGCUUCUGGUCGCUUCGCCGCUCCUGUUGUUAGCUGCGCCGUGUAUCGCGUGCAGCCGGUGUCGACUCUGCAACGCGGACGGCUCCUCUUCGCGGCUCAGCGAGGACGACGACAACGAGGGGGCGGAGCGGAGGAAUUCGAUGGUCGGAGCGCGUAGGCGGAGCCAAGAAGACACGCCCACCGGGGGCCGAUGACCACCGCCCAUUAACGAGGCGGGUCUGACCAGCUGCCCCUGGUGCUUGUGAGGACACGCUGUUCGUACGACGACGUCACGAACGGAGACAGAAAUUGGCUGUUAUAUGAGGUUUUAUACUAAAAGUUGCAUCAAAGACAAGCACAGUAAUUCGAUCUGGAUAAUAUCAGCAUCUUUUUCAACAGACACCGCUUGAACACCUUAAAAUAGGUUUGUUACCACCUUCUUGCAAACAUAGAAGUAAGCUUUUAUUUAUUAAAAUAUAAUUGUAAUUGGGAGGUUUUAUAACAUUUUUGUUUUAUUAUAGCACUUUUUAUCAAUUGUGAUUUUCCAGCUAAACAGAGUAGGAAAAACGAUAAAUUAUUGUAUAACAUCUGACACUUAUCAUGUGGUCUAAAUGUCGAUAAUCCCCCAUGCUUGUCUGGCCAAUUAAUUCGCAUUUGGACUCUUCUGGUUUCGCGUGACGUCAAAUGGAUAAUGAAGACAGAAAUAAAAUAUACCGUAUUGCCAUUCUACUGAAGGUCACAUUUGUGAUUGAAACGUUUACACUAAAGAAGAUUAUGUCAGUGCAUGUGGUUUUAUUGGCCGGACACGCAUGGGAGAUUAAUAAAUUUUUACCUAAAAAUUUUGUCAGUUGAUUACGAAUGGUGUAUAGUGAUGAAAUUUGAAUCUUUAGGACGUUAUAUUUUGUUUAAGAGACAUAAGAGAAUAGUAAAUUCUUUUUCUUAUUUAGUAACAUUUCAAAAUUCCCCCUAUUGACAGGUGACAAUCAAAGCCGUAUUUUGUUGUCGUUUUUUGUACACCUGGAUUCACUUUGUAAAAGACUAAAUGCCAGAACACAGCGGCUGCUAUGAAGAAAUUUUGUUAAUCCGAUUUUUUGACCCAUUGACGACGACCUGUACCAUCGGUUGUCCACCUGAUGUUUUGUCAACAGCCGGAGUUGACCACCAGUGGUACAAGUGUAAAUACUGUUUCUAUGCGACUUAAAUUCGUUGAAUUGUCAAAAAGGUUUCUCUUAGGAGACAAACGGUUACUACAAUGAUAAAGUCGAAAUCUCGAAAGAUGACGAUUACGUCAUCAUUUUAGUCUGUAGAAAAGACAAACGACAGACAUUUGUGAAUAUUUUUAAAGAAGUUUCAGAUAUGUUAGACAGAGACAAACAGAAUUUUAUUGUCUAAACAAACUGUAUUGCUAGUUUGCAUGGAUCCGACAAAGAUAGACGAAGUUUUCAUGUUGUAUGAUCGAUCAUAUUUGAAAGAUGAAAAGUUAGGUUAUCUUAAAGCAGGUAGGGUUGUUUUCGAAUAAUACUUUGGUCUUUGGUGUUCCUGUCUCAAGGUAUUCUACCCGUAACUGUUUUUUUCAAAACAAAAACUCCCCACUAAAAUUAUUAUUAUGGUAUCACUCAAAACCAUGAAAUAAAAUGAAAAUAAAAAUAAUCAGUGAAAUAAAUACUCGUCCAGUUUUUUGCAAAUAGUUCAUUUCGUUGUUCGCCGUUCAUGACCUGGUCUCUAGGCUUGAAUGAGACAGCUGGGGUGUCAGUGGCGUGCGGGAACAAAUUUCUGGCAUAUACUAUUAAUUUGUUUUCGGCGCUUUUGCCGAAUUUUGGCAGUCCUGUGGGCACGCUUGAACUGAAAAUUUGGAUAUUUCCAUUCACCAGGCCUACAUAGGGUGUAUCUAGUGACGUACUCGGUAGGGGUAAUUCCCGUGGUGAGAUUCGUCCUAUUUCGAAGUGCGAAGAGUAUACUGCUCAGGUGUCUUUCCCAGUACUCUUGCACGUAUUGCUCUUUUUCAGCUCUGCAUUUCGUUUCCCAACCGGGUUCGCUCUUUGGUGCUGAUGAGAUCCGGUGCUCAAUGAUGUUUUUUUCGAGGUGGAUCCUGAAAAGUGCUUGAACCAUAUUUGAUGACCUCUUUUCAGUAUCCUCACCUUGUGCAUAUGCUAUGCAGAAAACUGGUGGCUGUUUUUGACACUGCAUCCGGCCUGGGCUCGGCCUCUACCCAUUUACUUGCGAUGCAAGUUCCCACAAACAGGACCAUAUUUCCGGCCUGGGUUUUUGGGUAAGGCCACAUGGGGUCGAUACUUAUGACCUGGAAAGGUUCUUGAGGGAGAGUCGGCAUCUGGGAUGCGGCUGGUUGCGCGUACGAAGCGUUUCAUCAAGUCCAUUAGACCUGUCGAGUAGUACAGUCUAGUUGCAGAUUUGUACGUUUCCAGUGCCCCAGGCUGACAAGCAUCCUCGUGGCCGUGGAAUCGAUGGAGUAGUCGGUCAAGCUUGUGUUUUGGAACUAGUAGCUGUCUGGCUUGACUAUUUUCCAUGGAUAGUUAUUUUCACAGACCAUAUUUGACCUCAAAUGAAUCCCAAAGGCAACUUUCCCAUGGCUCAAGACGUUGUCUUUCCUCCGGAGAUAACGACCUUAGCAUUUCCCAUUCACCGAUGGCAUCCUUUACUUCAGGACAGUCUUAUUGAGAAGCUGCCAUCUCAGCUAACAGAUCGUCACGCUCGAGAAGGAAACAAGUUUGAGGGCUAGCGAGAUCUGGUUCGUCAUCAGACUUGUUUUCCGGAACCAGACUACGUAGCGGCAAACGGCCGUAGUUGUAUUCGCCCCCUUGUCUUGGGGCGUUAUUCGCAGCUGGCCGGCGGGUGCUCCUUUGUCUUCUGGCAGACUUGGUCCGCGACGCUAUGAAGUCGUCGAGAGCCUUCGUUAGAGGGUCGUUGCGACCUUGUAGUGCCAGGUCUAUCAAGGAUUUAACUUCCUCCGGAAGCUCGGUGUAUUUCGCGUCCAGCAAGCUCUCUCGCAACGAGCCUCCCAAAGUAACCCGCGAUUGUGCCAGUUGAUUAGUAUCUCUGUCCGCGUCAGUUACAAUAUUAGAGUUUACAACAUUGAAUUGCACGGCACUGUCACUCACACUAGCAGUCUUUGUCUAUGUCCGAAUCUUCUUGGGCGUUCCUUCUAGCUGGUUGGGCGGUUCCUGAAGGCCCAGCCUCUUGGGAUGCGUGGAUGACAAUCGCUGAAUUGGCUAAACGCGCCGCUGCGGGCGACUCUGUUGUUUUGUUCGUGGUGAGUCGCCCAACGGAAGUUCUUCGUUCAGCAGAUGGAGGUGUGGAGACGUACUGUGGUCCACAGAUGGCAUUUGUUUAGUUUUGCCUCUGUGGCGCGUCUACUCCUUCCUCGGUACCCCUGCUACCAAUGAGAUUUCGGAACUUCCGUAGUCCAUAGCCGAUAGCUCGCUUUGGGCUGAACUUCUGACUUUUCGGAGCAUGGCUGCUUUUGCUGACUGGAGAACUAGCUUGUGGAAGUCUGCUCAUGUCCUCCGUUGUGGCAGCGGUCUGCGCUCCUAGUCGUGCGCGUGCUUCUUCUUUCACCAGGGCUAGGUACUCCUUAUAUAACGGCUUAUCCCUUCGAUGACGGAUCUGAUGUUUUGUCAGCCCCGUUGCCGCCACCAUGUCUUUUAAGAAGUACCUUUUCUCGGGGGUCAGGUUAGCCUCUAUAUUUGCUAACGUUAUCAUGAUUUCCGCCUCCGAGUGCGGUGCGCUUUCUGCCAAUUGGCGGUUAUACUCCACCGGGUGGGCCUUUUUGGUGUGCAGCCUCAUGCCAGGGUAGGUUUGAAAAGCCCUGUCACAGAAGCUGCACUGUUGCCAGUCUGUGGUGUUGGUGUUGAUGGCCCCCUGUGGAUUUUUCGGGGGGGCCUGUGGACAUCGUCUUGAGUGGUUUUGGAGGCCUUUGAGUGUAG